ACAAACCGAUCUUAUUUCGGAACUCAGAAGACUAAACCCAGAACCCUAAAUACCGCUUCAGCCAUCUUCUCUCUCCCCGUCCCAACCUGCGGCACCACCAAUCACUGCCCGAUCCUCCAUGCCGGACCAAACUGCCCUUGGGCGCCGGCGGUUUCAGCGUAAGAGUGAUAUUGUCAAAGGAGUGGAUGAAUAUAACGAUGAUUCAAAUGAGCCAACUAUGGGCGAGAAACUUGCGAGUCUCAAUUUGGUGAGUAGCAAUGAAGUUAAAGAACCUUCUGAACAAAUAAAGCCUCCAAGUGCAGAUUCAGUUCAUGUACUGCUUAAGCAAGCACUGAAUGCUGAUGAUCGUGCCCUUUUGAAAGAUUGCUUGUUCAGACAAGAUGAGAAGGUAAUUGCAAACACUGUUGCUUUGUUGAAUCCAUCGGAUGUAAUCAAGCUUUUGAAGUCUCUUCUAUCCAUAAUGGAGUCGAGGGGUAAUAUAUUGGUUUGCGCUCUUCCUUGGCUGAGAAGUGUACUUCUUCAACAUUCAAGCAUAAUAAUAUCUCAAGAAUCUUCUUUCCUUGCACUUAAUUCUCUGUAUCAGCUCACUGAAUCCCGUGUUUCUACUUUACACCAAGCUCUUCAGCUAUCAAGUAGCUUAGAUUUGCUCUAUGCUGGAAUGGUUGAUUAUGGAUCGGAUGAAGAUGGUGCUGUUGUUCCCCUUAUCUAUGAAGACAAGGAUGAUGAAAGUGAGGAAGAGGAAGACGAGGGAUCCGUUGUUUCCAUGGAGACUGAAUGUAAUGCUGAGAACAUAGAACCUCAAAUAUUUAGUGAUAUCAGUGAUUUUGAAUGAGACAGUUGAUGGUAGAAAACAUGGCUGGGGCACAGCAAGUUGGGAACCUCACAAUUAGAGGUUUAACCACAAGUGAUGAGAAUUGCUGCCUGAAGCUAUUUAAGAGCUUACUUGUGAAGCCAAGAAUGUUACUGUAUUAUUUGUUUAAGGCAUUUUUCUCUACUAUUUCUCAUAGACUUUCCCUGGUCCGUUUUUUGAAAGGCGUUCUGUUUAUUAAUCUUUUCUUUAGUUUAAUAUUUAUAAAUCACUUCACUUUGUCACUAUGCUACCCAAAAGACGGGAUCGUCAUCUUCGAACAUGGCCAUUGUGAUGCAGAAUACUAUAAAAUACUACGUCAUUAGUAGUUAGUAAAAUU